CUCGUCGCCGCUGCAACCCAUUCCUAUACAUUCGGCAUGUUCAAGAAAGACUUUUAGGAGAUUUUCCUUCCCCCAUGGCCAGACCGGAUCCUUACUACAAAUCCCUGUGUCCGGUUACGCUUCAUCCGCCGAGCCCAAUUCGAGACCAAGCGUGCUGCUCAGUCCUGCCAUAUCUAUACAGCGCGGGCUGUGCGCGAUUAUCGUUCUCAGAUUUAUCUCAAUCUCGGCCAUGUCAGUGAUGUUCGAGAUCUUUACAUCAGCGUGAAGGCAUUGGAUUGUUGCAUUCGUCUCCUGCCGCACGCUGUGUCAGGGUGGAUGCCACCGGUGAACACGGAACUAGUCGAUAUCCAUUACAUCUGACGCAGAUAUCAGUUCCAAGCAGCAUAUGCUGUAGCCGAGGUCAUUGAAAUAUCGAAACUAGCUUUUCAAACUGAGAUGGAGCGCCUUAACACUGGAGAUUACCAGUCACUUUGGAAUGAUCUGCUUCGCUAUCACCAGACUGGUCAACAGCUACCCAGACGACAUCAGCGCCAGGCCGGACAACUGGGACACGACAACUGGGACACCGACGCCGAAUAGUGUGACGCUCGCAAAGAGUCGUGUAAAGGAGCUGCAAGACCUGGUCAACGAUAUCCCAGAUGAUUCUCUCUCCCACCCGGAUAUCACACUCGCCGCCCGCCUUGGAGAGGGGGCAGCUAGACACCGUCGACAGCCUCAAGUCAGCUUGCUUCAACAUGUGUCAUGCCUGCGCCGUCUGUCAGCUUGCUCACGGCCCGUCAUACUACGAACCCUAAGCACCACCCGUUCACAAGAAGGAAAACAUACCAGCAUGGCUUCAUUAGGUGGACAUUUGCCAAAGUCGCAUAAAGUUGCAGGUGUUUGAGAUGGAGGCUGGCAUCUGGGGUGUUGUUGAGGCGUUGGAAGACGACGAUAUCGGAGCGAUUAUCCUUCCAGCUGUUUGCCAUUCCCGUGAUCCGCGAAUUCAUGCUUAUCGUUCGCCUAGGCCAGCAAGAUUACUUCGCAAAUAGAUCGCAUAGCCAAGUAUAUCAUAGCCUGCAACGAACGGAGAAAUCGAGGAACGCUCUGCGGCAUCUCUGCAGAUGAUCGAGGGGCUUGUUGCGCUUUCCAAAUGCUGCCGACGGAGGAUCCUAGUGACGAAGGUCUACCAACCAUUGCUGGGCAGUUGAAGGAUCAUACGUCACAUCUGGACGCGCAAACUCGGGCAAUCAUAGAGAGCAUCGAGGUCUGACAGGGUUCAAUGGAGUAUCAAUGCUGAAGGAUGCGUCGCUGUGAAUUUCUCAGUCUGCUUUCGAUACAGCAAAUGCAGUGGCACCGGCUGUGUAGCGAGCCUGCCGCCACAUUCCAUAGGCUGCCACACCUCGUAACGCGAACGCCCUUCCUCAUGGUCUAUCAGGACCAUAUGCCCCAAUAGAC